AUGGAUAUGGCCACUGCAGACUCCGAUGGAGAAUACGAGUAUGAGUAUGGAUCAGAAACAGAGACCUUUUACCUCAACCUGGACUUAACCUCCCACCACGGUGCAGUGCGUCCACCGCGCCGUCGAAAGAGCCAUGCAGCUUCCAUAGAUACCUCUCAAGUCACCCAGGGCAAUGGCAGCAGCGGUCGUCCGAGCGAAGCUUUCGCCCCAAUCGAAAGCACCGAGAGAGGCGGUCUCUCAAAUGAGCGAAUCCAGGUCCUCGGUCUCCACACGUGCAACCCAAUCGUCUCGUAUCAGAAUCAAAUGUUCUCCUGCUCAUGGGCCGAUCAUAUCGGUACUGAGUUGGUCUUUUCUAAACCAAAUGCCGUACCAGACCCCGCCAACAAAGUCGAGCCAUUACAUCGCGGCCCCUCGUUCGAGCUCGUGGCCGCCAACAGUGUGAAAAUCCUCGGUCGCAAAGCACACAUCACUUCGAGCUCUGGGCAGAGACGGGCUCUCAACACUGAGGCGGGGACACCGGCCGCAAACCAUACUUCCGACGCCACCUCUCAGGAACCCGCACAGGCGGGCGUGCCCCGACGUCCGAUCGCGCCCUCGCACCAAGCGCACUUCCUCAAUCGACUGCAAGAUCUAAAAGCUUCCAGAGGGGAGUCAGAUACCGUGCGCAUGGUUACGGGUGGCCGACGAGGUGGCAAUGGUGCAGACAAUCUUGACCGACUACAGGGCUGGGCAAGAACAGAAGCCCACCUUACUGAAAUUCGUCGACUUCACGAACGUGCAGCGAGAGGAGAUGUAGAGGCACAGGUGGCCCUCGACCUGCUGAUUGCGGGACUGCAAUCCGGGUCUGAAUCUGAAUACGAAUCGGGCAGUGACAAUCUCGCACUUUGA